UGUAGGUUUAGUUGCUUCAACUGUUUUAACAACAUGCCAGAACCAGCAAAGCCUGCGCCCAAGAAGGGCUCUAAGAAAGCCGUCUCAAAGACUGCAGGGAAGGGCGGUAAGAAGCGUAAGAGGACCAGGAAGGAGAGCUAUGCCAUCUACGUCUACAAAGUGUUGAAACAGGUCCAUCCCGACACCGGGAUCUCCUCGAAGGCGAUGGGCAUCAUGAACUCUUUCGUCAACGACAUUUUCGAGCGCAUCGCCGGUGAGGCGUCUCGUCUCGCUCACUACAACAAGCGCUCCACCAUCUCAUCCAGAGAGAUCCAGACCGCCGUGCGCCUGCUGUUGCCCGGAGAGCUGGCUAAACACGCCGUGUCUGAGGGCACAAAGGCCGUCACCAAGUACACCAGCUCAAAGUAAAACGCUGAAUCAACUUCAGCUAACCCAAAGGCUCUUUUAAGAGCCACCCACGAUGUCAUACAAAGAGAUAAAGUCCUAAAAAAGUGUGUUUCGCUCUACCAGAGUACUAACCAGCCACGUUUAUUAUUGUUUUAUACGUUAUACUUAUUAGUAUACUUUAUACGAAUAACUUUAUCUAUAUUAUAUAUUUUGGAGUAUAUAUAAAAACCAGUCUUUAAGUCCUGUUGCUUAUGUACACCACUAAGCUUGGUAGAUACUGAGUCAACUAAUUUGGUAUGUAGAAAAAGCAAUGACACAUUCCACUAAUCAUAUAUACGAUUGUUUACUCGGAGAGGAACUUGAACAAAUGGGAGAUAUGGGCGAUAC